GGAAGAAGAGUAUUCACAACUCUAAGGAAAAUGGUGAAUGUUUUAUCCCAUUUAGGGGUUGUUUCUCUUACAUUGAUAUUAUUAAUAAGCUCUAUUAAUGGUCAAUUGGAACUCGAUUUCUAUGGGAGGAGCUGCCCCAAAGCCGAGAAGAUCGUGCUCGAUUUUGUCUCAAACCACAUUCCCAAUGCCCCGCCUCUCGCGGCUUCUCUUCUUAGGAUGCAUUUCCACGAUUGCUUUGUCCGAGGAUGCGAUGGUUCCAUUCUAUUGAAUUCAACCGUUGCCUCGGGAAACCAAACCGAGAAGACGGCGCCUCCAAAUUUAACGAUUAGAGGCUUUGACUUUAUUGACAGAGUCAAACGCUUGUUGGAAGCCGAAUGUCCAGGGAUUGUUUCUUGUGCCGACGUUUUGGCAUUGGUUGCAAGAGACGCUGUUGUUGUCACCGGAGGUCCUUCUUGGAAAGUACCAACCGGUAGAAGAGAUGGUUUAAUCUCUAGUGUUGUAGAGGCCUCAAACAAUAUACCUGCUUUCUUUGACAACAUCACCACUCUUCAAAAUGAUUUUGCUAACAAAGGCCUUGAUUCGAAGGACCUCGUGGUGCUUUCAGGUGCUCACACAAUUGGCAUAGCACAUUGCCCAUCUUUUGUGGACAGGCUUUACAAUUUUAGCGGAGUUGGGGAUCAAGAUCCAUCUUUGGAUAGCGAAUACGCGACAAAUCUGAAGGCAAGAAAGUGCAGGACUGCUAAUGAUACAACUACUAAGGUGGAGAUGGAUCCGGGCAGUUUCAAGACCUUUGAUCUUAGCUAUUAUAAGCUUCUUUCGAAGAGGAGGGGUAUGUUUAUAUCAGACGCAGCUUUGCUAACAAACCCCACCACUAGAGGGCUCGUAAAUGAGAUAUUGGAGGGGUCAUUGGAGGAUUAUCUCGUCGAAUUUGCGGCGUCGAUUGAGAAGAUGGGAAGAAUUGAAGUUAAGACUGGAACAGAGGGUGAGAUCAGAACAAAUUGUGCACAAGUGAAUAGUUAAACCUCAUGGGAUUGUCUUGUUUUUUUUUAAGAAUGUGUAUGAAGAUAAAAUGUUCUUUAAUUCAGAUCAUAUACUCAUUUGAGUUAUGCUAAUAAUGUUGUUUUAUUAUUCAAUCGGUUGUAUUACAUAAAUGUUCAAUAAGGAAAUAUGCUAUCAAUGAUUGAGUUGUGAA